AUGUCACGUGAACAAGAUGAAACAAUAACGGUUUUUUUGGGUGAUUUAUCACGUGAUGCAACAAAAGAAGAAGUUGAAAAAACAUUUAGUUAUUAUGGAAAAUUACGUAAUGUUUGGCUUUCACGUAGUCCAUGGGGUUAUGGUUUUAUUGAUUUUGAAGAUCAACGGGAUGCAGCUGAUGCUGUCAAAGCUCUUGAUGGAAAAAUGAUAUGUGGUUCACGUGUUCGUGUUGAAUUUUCUCAUGGUCGUGGUCGAUCAAAUCGAGGUGGUCGAACUCGACGUCGUUCUGGUAGUCGAUCACCACGAGCAAGAAAACCUUAUAGUCCACAUGAUAUUUGUUAUGAAUGUGGAGAUCGUGGCCAUUAUGCUUAUGAUUGUGAAAUUCGAUUAAGACGUCAGCGUCGUAUAAAUAAAAGUCGUAGUCGAAGUCCUAGACAAACAGGCAAUGGUUAUUCAUCAAAACGUGAUCACAAAAGUCGUAGCCGUUCUGAAAGUAGUCGAUCAUCGAAAGAUCGUGAACAUUCAGAUAGUCGUUCUCGAUCACAUUCACGUUCUGGAUCGGAUAGUCCAGCUCGAUCAAAAGAACGACGAUCACGUUCACGAACACGAUCAAGAUCAAGAUCUCGUGGUAGUCGAUAA